AUGGUCCUGACCAUACCGAUCCCUCCCAACUCCUUGAUUUCCUCUACGAAAUCGUGGAGCCCCAACGCCAAACACGACCAUCGCUACCAGGGGCUAACUACCCCCACCACCGCGAAAGCUACCCAUCGUGUUCGGCUCUGCUACCGAGACGAGGCUUACCGCCAGCGUACCGAGGCACGAACCAAGUGUCUGAUUGCAGAUGCGUCAUCCCCUACGAGCUCCAGCACCAGUGCUUUGCUAGCUAAGAAAGCGCUCAAGUACCGCAAGGUGUAUGACCGUAUGACGAGCGUGGAUGUGAACGACCCCAACUUUGACGUGUUUGAGUUCCUGGGCGUCGACUGGUGUAAGAACCCGUCAAUGGAGAGCUCAAGUCGCGUCUGA